GACGCUUCCCCUUAGUAAGAUGGCCGCUCGUCGCGAUGUCUAAAACAACCACAGCGGCUCUCCCUGCGCAUCAUGGCGGUCGCCACGGUCGCUGGUUGAACGCCGCUACCGCGAAGGCUUGAGGAGGUGGCUUUUAAUCGGCAGCAGCAGCAGCAGCAUCGCCGAGCCGAGCCCCAGCGACAAAGAGCCAUGUCGCUGCGACUCGCCGACAAGAUCAAGGAUAGCCGCCUCUCGGCCGAGGUGGAGCCUUUCGUGCCGGCGGGGCUGGUGGUGUCGCCACCACGGCUGGGGGAUGUUCACGGUGGCGUGGAGGCCGUCAGUCUCGCUGCCGGGAUGGAAAGGCCGCAGCACAGAAUGCUGCCCAGCUACCAGCCCGACUACUACCCCUAUGUGCAGCACCACCCUUCUUCACCUGCCGACGGCUUGUGCGUGACGUACGAUGCCGGCUAUGACUGGCACCCGCCGCAGCAACCGUACUCGGACUACGGCCGAUAUGGCUACACCACGUACGCCGUGCGCUACGAUCACAAGGACCCCAACAAGGGCGUCUACGCGGCUACGCCGACCGCUGGACCAGAGACGAACGCCCUGGGCUGUGGGAGCAGCGCCGCCCGAGCACCUGCGGCUUUGGCCUGUCAGGCGCCGAGCGUCCUGACACCCGACAAGACCGCCUUGAGGACGCCGAAGGCCGAGAGGUCACGGGGAAGAAAAUCUGGCAGUCAGGGGUCGAAGGCGGAGGGCAAGGAGAGGUCCGCGGAGGGACAAGGCAUUCCUGAUCAGAAUGGGACGGUGCCAGCCUCCCUACCCGAGGGCUCAAGAUCGACUACUGAACCCCAGGAGCCACACAAGAUGUCUGGAAUCAACCCCGACGUUGCACACAAUCCCAGCUCCACCCCCACAGCCUCUCAUGGCCAAUCGGCCACCGUCCUCACCCCCCCACAAGCACCGCCCAAUCGGAGAUCACCCCGCGACGCAACCAUCAACGCAGCCACCGCCAACGCAGCUACCGCCAACGCAGCUACCGCCAACGCAGUCAACGCCAACGCCACCACUUCUCCAGAAGCCCCUGGCAGUCGGGCACCACCGACUUUGUGGAAUCGCUCAGAGGAGCAGGGGGAGGUGGCGGCGCGUGGCAGUGGUGGUCCUGUAGCGGCCCGUGGUGGGAAAAGCAGCCGUGGCCGUGGCGGCGGCGGCGGCGGUGGCGGCGGCGGUACAGGAGUUACGUGGAUGCAGCAAGGGCGGACGUCGCUGGGGAGCGAGCGGGAGUGUUGGCGUGCCCCGACUCGCGUGUUGUCCAAGGCCGGUGAAUCCCCGGACUCCGGUAUCGGCUCCACUCCCAAUGGAACGCCCUCUUCGACCUCCUCGCCCUCGUCGCACCCAUCGGAACGGCGGCCCCGGAACGCCGACGAGAGGAGGAGCAGAGGCGCGCUCCCCGGGAGGGGAGACCCACGGAGGAGCGACGCCCGAGCUGAAGCUGGAGCUCACAAUUCCACCCGGGGUCCUCCGGCUCCUAGGGUGGAGCCAGAGCCCAGGGACGGAGUUCCACGUGGGAGAGACGUGCAAGACAGGGCUGAUAGAGGAAGCAAAAGGUCCCGUGGAGGGGCCGGAAGAAGUCCAUGUGACGGAGCUGACAGAGGGUUCCACGGCAGAGCUGAUAGAGGUUCUAGUGGCGGAGCUGUCAGAGGGCCUCACAGCGGAGUUAAUAAAGGAUCAAUAGAUGGUGCAAGCAAAGUGCUCCCUGAUGGAGCUAGUAAGGGAUCCGGUGACAGAGCUGCUAAAUGGCCCCAAGGUGAUGAUAAAGCACUCACUGAUGAGGUGAGUAAAGGGCUGCCUGUUGCAGGCUUAAAAGAGUCUCAUGGUGGAGCUACUGGGUGGCCUGGUGCCAGGACACCAACUCGAGACAUGGCUGUCGCCUGCUCCUCCGAGCCCAGCGAUGAAGGCAGUGCCCUCGCGGCGCCCGACCGCAUCUCGUGGCCUGAACUCGGAGCUGCGCGAGGAGACCGGUCGUGGUCCCUGGGCAAGGACGGUGGCUCCGCAGUGAAUGGACCUCGCCCUCAGCACGGAGCUCUGCCUGGGGACCGGACGCUGCCCACCCCUCCCACCCCGACCGUGAUGACGUGGGCAAAGGUGGCAUCGCGGCCACCCCCGCUUCCAGCGCCCCGUGGGCCCCCUGUUUCACAGGCAGCAUGGACGUCGACAUCCACCAGCGGUCGUGGGCAGCAGGCCGAGAGCUCGGAUGAAGAUGACGGCGGUGGCGGCGGCAGCAAAAAGAAGACUCAGAGGAAGAAGAAAAAAAGCAAGAAGAAGGCGCCCAAGACCACCGUGGCCGAGACCCCCCCUCCGCAUGUCGAGCCGCUCAGAUUUCAGGACGAUGAGGAGUUCCCUGGGCUCUCGGCCUCGUUGGGACCUCGGCGACUCCCGAUGGCCCGGCCAGGGUUCCCGGCAGCGGGAACCACUCAGCAGCCUCAAACCUCUGUCCCUAAGAAGGGCUCGGGCAAGAAGAGCAAGGCCCCAGUCACGCUGGAUCUGGGGGACGUCCUGGCCACCUUCGAGCGGCAGCAGCACGAGCAGCAGGAGAUCGCAGAGGCGAACGCUGCCGCCGCCGCCGCCACCUCUAGCUCCGCGCUGCCGACCUCGCAUGGUUCCACGCACCUCGCCACGUCCAGGCCCGCCAAGCCCAUCAUCUCUGUUGGCACGGCCUCAGCCCCGCUGCCUAAGAAAGAGACCCUGCUGGGCUCUUCUAAGAAGAGUGGGCGCGGGGGUCCUGCGCCACACAACCCCCUGGACUCGAGCGCCCCGGCCGUGAAGCGCGGCAAGGAGCGCGAGACACCGCGCGCCAAGAAACCCACAACGCUGAAGAAGGUGAUCCUGAAGGAGCGCGAGGAGAGGAAGAGGCGGCGUUUGUGCGAGGAGCGAGGCCUCGUGUACGUGCCCGGCGGCGACUCGCCGGCUAGCGAUGCCGACGCGCGCAAGGAUGAGGGUGGCGAGGGCAAGGACGAGGGCAAGGCCGAGAGCAAGGAUGAGGGUGGCGAGGGCAAGGAUGAGGGUGGCGAGGGCAAGGACGAGGGCAAGGCCGAGGGCAAGGAUGAAGGUGGCGAGGGCAAGGCUGAAGAAGGCACGGAGCCAGUGGACGCCGACAACGACGAUGAGACGGAAGCCGAAACGGAAUCGGAGCUGGAGACGGAGCAGGAGACAGAGGCAGAGUCGGAUGCGGAGCGACCGAUGGGGGGCUCCCCCGCGGACGUGGAGCCUCCGGACACCCCCCAAGACAGCUCCGCCGAUCCCAACGGGAAUCAAGCCACGGACGUGGAUGAGGAUGGGCGCGAGUCCCCGUCUCCCGUCGUGAGAGCAGAGCUCCCGCCGCCAGGCCCCAAGAUUCACAGCCGCCGCUUCCGCGACUACUGCAACCAGGUGCUGAGCCGUGAGAUAGACCAGUGCGCCAGCGCGAUGCUGCUGGAGCUCGUGCGCUUCCAGGAGCGCCUGUUCGAGCGCGACCCCGAGCGCGCUCGCCGCAAGCGCCGCCUCGUCAUGGGCCUCCGGGAGGUCACCAAGCACCUGCGCCUGCGCAAGCUGCGUGCGCUCAUCAUCUCGCCCAACUGCGAGAAGAUCCAGGCCAAAGGCGGACUGGACGAGGCCCUGCAGACGGUGAUUGCGCUCGCCAGCGAGCAGAGCGUCCCCUUUGUGUUCGCGCUCAACCGCAAGGCGCUGGGCCACUGCCUCAACAAGAAGGUCCCCGUGAGCGUGGUGGGGGUGUUCCACUACGGCGGCGCCGAGACGCACUUUCAGCGGCUGGUGGCGCUAACGGAGGAGGCUCGCUCUGCCUACCGCGACAUGGUCAGCUCACUGCAGCAGCAGGAGGCGGGCGCUACCAACGAGUCGACGGGGCACACCGAGGACCCCCUCGAGGCGUCCGCUUCGCCUCCCUCGGUGCCCGCGCAUGAUCCCACCGCCCUGCUGCACCUGCUGAGGCUGCCGCAGGGCCACAGGGAGGAGGACCCAGCUGAGGGGUCCGGGCGGUCGCCUGGAAGGAACGCACGUGGUGCUGCGGAGACGGAACGACGGAUGCCCGCCGCUUGUGGUGGUGGUGACGAUCGUGAUGAGGGCGAUGAUCGUGGUGGCGUUGGUGGAAAACGGCCAGAUACGAAUCUCUGCCAGGAUGGCGUCACUGCAGUGUGGAGUGGGGCAGGGCGUGGUGGAGUUGGAUAGGGUUAAGUAGGGACAUGUAUAGGCCAGUGCUGUGUAGGGUUAAGGUCGGGUAUCAUGGGUUAUUAAUAAGGUAGAAUAGGGUAGGGUGAGGUUGGAGUAAGAUAAGUUAGGGUAGGGUUAGAGUAAGGCCCGGUCGGGGCAGUUUAGGGUAAGCUAUGUGAACCUGCGAAAGAUAGUGUAAGAUGCUAGAGUAAUGUGAAGUAAUAUUACGGAAAGUCUUACCGAGUGUCAGGAGAAUCCGACAUUGGGAUGCUUUGGCCAGUUCAAUUUUUUUGUUAUGUUUAUUUUCUUAUGAUAGGAAAUCUGGGCGGGGUUUAAGAAAGGAAAAAAACAUCCAUGCAUACGAAAGAAUAACACCCUAAGAUCUCCCCACGUUCAGCAGUUCAUGAAGCCCAAAUGCCGUACUGUCACCUGUUGGUUAAACUGCCCAGGAGGUUUUGGAAUUUCACGAAUCCUAUGCGGUUCACCUACGCUUGUCUCUAUAGUGCUGCAUUACAGACGUAAUGCAAGAUAGCCUCUUUGAUUAUUAUGGCAAGGUGUUGUGCGGUAAGGUAAUGAAACUCCGUGUUAGUGUAAUGCAGGGUGGUAGAGUCGGAGUUAAACUGGCCUGCGUAGGGUGGAGUUCAUUAACCCUUUCCCAUUCCGAGACACCUGCAAGUUUGCAGGGUGGAUCCCGUUCACUUCUGAAUCACGGAACGUGCAAGAGGCUCGGUGUUAAUUUUAUAGAGGCAUAGCGCCGUGGUUUUGAAAGACAUUGUGCUCACCGCAGAGAACUGUGGCGACACAACCGCAAUCUGUGAUCGCUGGCGCCAAACUCUGCCACUCACCCUCCCGCAUGGCGUUGUGAGUUAUUUUAUCUUAGUUUUCCUUCCAGUUUUAUUUUGACGAUGUCCACGUACGUCAUCGGAAAGGGAAAGGGUUUAUGCGCAGGUCGUAGCGAAGAGGCGUCGAGCAGAACGUUUCCUGCGUCGGAUUGUGUACAGUCCCAUAGGGCGAGUAACGGUGGUCCGGAGAGCAGGUAACGUGAUCGAUGGGAUGAUGGAGCGGUGUUUGUCGUGGUGCCGCCUUCCCGCGUCAGUUUCCAGCACAGGGCAGCGCCUUCCCGAGACUUCUCCAAUCGCCCUCCAGGUCCACUGACGAUGACGACGAGUGAAUGUUUCAGACUUUUCUUGGCGCUGCACUUGCAGCGCCUUACAAAGUAAAACCCCUUGCGCACACAGGCACUGCAGGGCUCAGCAUAGAGUACGCCGAUAGCCUGUGGGCACGGUAUGCCUACGGAAAGAGCUUUUGAGUAAAUCAUGUAGUUAUAUUACUGUAAUUGUGCUCAGAAGGUUUUCCGCAAAUGUACAUUGAUGGUGUUUUUUUUUGUUUGUCAAAACGAUGUAACGACAAGCCGUUACAGGAGGGCAUUCAACGAUCAAUUGUACCCACGUGCAAUGGUGUCACGGUGGCCCUGGCAGCUGUCGCACUGAAGUUAAAGGGGCCACACUUGCAUUGCGAGCACAUAAUGACAGACCCUUGCGCACGUGCGUAGUAGAGUGGCGAGCAGAGGUCGCAAUCGGGUACCCGAUACCCGUACCCUACCCGAUACCCGACUACCCGUACCCAGCCGGGUACGGGUACCCGUUUGUGACCCUGGUGCGGUCGAGUACGGGUACGGGUAGGCCGUCAGUCACUGGUGAGUAACGCGAUGAUGGUGGUUUGUCACUCAUUUCCCAACGUCUUGUCUCUUCUCACAAUUCAAGUUCCUAGAAUCAACCCACCCGCGCCUGCAACAUGGCUUCAUCCCAGAGGUUGCAAUCGGGUACCCGAUACCCGUACCCUACCCAUACCCGGCCGGGUAUCGGGUAGGGUACGGGUAACCCGUACCCGGCCGGGUAUGGGUACCCGUUUGCGACCCUGGUGCGGCCGGGUACGGGUAAGGAAUCAAAACCCGUUUGCGACCUCUGGUGGCGAGUAAAGGAAUUGACCACCACGGUGGCGAAUUGUUAACUCCCUCGCCUGGUGUGCAGGAGGUCGUGGGUUCGAUUGUGAUCCUUAUGCCUGCUGCUGUAUAUUUUGAGUUUGCAUGUUCUCUCCGUGGUCACGUGGAUUUUUCUCCGGGUCCUCCAGAUUUUCCCUCCACAUUUACAAAACGUGCGUUUUGGGUAUUUGGCUGCUCUAAAUUUCCAAAUAAGCCACUUCAUUGAGCUGUCAUCUGUAACCAGGUCGCUCCUGAAAAAGAGCUAUAUAGUUCAGUGGGCCUUAUCCGGUCAAAUAAAAAGUUUAGUUUUGGUGAGCCAACACAGAGGUUCGCAUGUUCCCACAUGACUCAUAAAACUUCACUUCCAGGUGCAGCCACGGCUGCUGCUGUAUCAGCGCUGUCCAUGGUUCUGGAAUUGAUGGGUAUGGGAACGUGAGGUUUUGGAGGGCCCAGGUGUACACCAAAGAGCGGCAAGCCAUAUGCCGUGUUCUCUCACAAGUAGGAUUGCUAUGAUUCACUCUCCUCCCCCUGCGAUGUUUGUGUGUGUCACGAUUCGUUAUUAUGAUUUGCUUCGAGAAUCAAUAAUUGUUUUAGUUUCCUCGUCUUGUGUUUUCUUGUCUGUUCACUUAACCUAAAGGUAAAAUUUGCAUAUGAUUUACAUUUGUAGUCUAUUUUUGCGUGCACAUAAGAAACUCUGUAACUCGAUUAAUGUAAUUGUUUAUUUGCCUGUUCAAUUGUUGAUAUGUGGCUCCAUGGCUCUGUGUCCCCCACCUGCACCCCCCCCCACAACUUAAAAAUCAUUCCCAUGUGCCGAUGCCCGUGGCAGAUGCGUAUGGUUUUACAUGUGCUUCUGCUGGUUCAACAAUGUGAAUCCCAGCAGCGGUCAAGAGAAUGAGGCUCGUCUUUGGUGAGGCAACGCCAAUGAACCAAAGCCAUCUCAGCGACGCAACACGUUUUUAUGGACGUACGUUGAACUUCUUUCGCAUCGUACGGUGCCAACAGUGAAGUUGUUGCGAUGGCGCCGAAGUGGUUUAGCGCGCUCCGCACUAUGAACCAGCGGACCUGAGUUCAAUUCCUGGACAUGGCCAACACUAGCCGAGAAUGAUGUCUGAAGGAUUCCCGGCCCCCCCCCCCCCCUUUCACCAACCCACGCUGACAAGCGUGGUGAGUUGUGGUCGAAGAACGGCAGUGAGAAAGUGGGGAGGCCUUCACUCAGCAGUGGGAUUGAUAAGAAGGUCUGGCAGCGCACAAACGAUUUUUUGACGGAAUUUAUUUUACCGUUAUAAUUGUGCUUUUAUUUUACAAAAUCUAUAAAAAAAGACGGAUGGUGAUGCAUGAAAUCGUGUAACGAUAAUUAUGUCAUAGGAUGAGUACUGGUAAUUAUGGUAAUAAUGAAUCACUAUUAAAUUUGACUAAUGCACUUAUUCUGUCCUGUAAUUUGCAAGAGGUAGGGUAGGGAACCUUGUUUUGCGUUUGUUUAUUUUUUCUUACCGCAGUCAGCAGCGUUGAUGCGCUGCGGAUCCAGCAUCGCAAAAGCACAGGGCAUUACCGUGCGGGACUGUACAAUCGACAGCGUAAUGGCAUAAUGACUCGACGCCGCAUCAUGGAUUUUACAAGCGAAACACAGAGACGUCAAUACAAGUAAUGAAAAUGUGAAAUAAAAACAACCUCAAAU